AUGCCAGCUUCCAGACUGUCCCCUCUGCGCACGGUCUGCGAAUACCCUCAAGAGGACUUGCGGCACAGCAUCACCACUAAAGCAUUCCUCGACUUGCCUCGCGAGCUCCUCGUCGAGAUGCUCAAACUGCUCGAUUAUCGCGAGAUCGCGCGUUGCAGACGAAUCUGCAGAACAUUGAACGCCCUCAUCGACGCCAACACCACGCUCCUCUACCGGGUCGAGCUCGGCAUCGAAGGUUUGAUAGACGGCCCUGCGGGCGGUCCCUGCACCUCCGAGCGCCUAAGCCAGCUCCUCGAACGGCGCAAUAGGUGGUUAACGCUCGACUGGUCCCAUGUGCUCCCGCUCACCCCGCAGGAGGUCAUCCCGCAAUCGCCACUACCGUACGAGCUCCAGGGCGGAACGUUCCUGAACAUCCGGAACGUCGCCUGCCAGAUCACUAUCAACCAGACCGUGUUGCCGACGGGUCUUAAUCCGCGCGCGGAGUAUACGCACCAUGUCCUGGACAUGAAGGUCUUGGACAUCACGACUGACCCCACUCAGGACCUUAUUGCGCUGUUGGACGUGUUUGGCCGCGUGCAUGUGUGGUCGUUGUCCACCUACACGGCGCACCCAAAGGCCGCGAGCCCUUUGUUGAGGCCCGAGGGCGUAGCGAACCUGCUGAUCACCUCGGUGUAUAUCGCGCACGACCUGAUUGCGCUCGUGGAAUGGUCGGACUGCGUUCACGUCACCAUAUGGAAUUGGCAGACGGGAAAGGAGAUCCUCGUGGGCAUCGAGAGCACCUUACCGUACCUCGCCACGGGCCUUGCGUUCCUCUCACCCCGCAUCUUUGUCCUCGCAGACGCCUCCCGUGGCGAAUUGGUCGUGUUCUCCCUCGAAGACAUCGACUGUAUCUCCCCGACCUUCGCCCAAACGUUCCGCAUGGUGCGACCGUGCGCGCGCCUGCAGCUCCCGCGUAUCGACCGCGGCUGGCACAUAUCCCACUUCCAACUCGACAGCACGCCGUUGCUCGCCGAUCUCCCCCGCUCGCGGCCCUUCACCGCCGCCCCGGACGCGCAUAUAGUCGUGUUCACGAUGCAGUACGUGACGCACAACCACCGGCAGGUGUCGAGCCGGUACAUGGGCUUUGUGCACAGCGCGCACCUGCGCUCGUACGCCUCGCGCGCAGAGGGCGAGUCGCGGCCCAAGGUCGUCCCGUGGACGCAGUGGGGCCCGAAGAACGCGCGGAUUAUGACGCGCUUCAUUGUUGGGGCAGCUUUUGCACGAUACGUACACGGCCAGAAAGUCGUGUACAGCCGGGCGCACCAGGUGCCCGACCGCCAGCUGAUCUCCGUAUACGACUUCAACGUGCACCCGGCGCGCGUCGCGGCAGCCACACGUUCGCCUACCUCAGGCGGCGUGGAAGUCAUGCAGACGGAGGAGGCGCUGCUCGACGACCCCGCGGGGCCCGCGCGGGCGUUCGUCGAGGUCGUGGACUGGCCGACGGUGAUCAAGCGCGACUCGCAGGAAGCGCUGCAGUGCCACCCGUUCGUGGAGGACGUCGAGAGCGGGCUGCCGUACAUCGAGACGAGCCGGCUGGUGGAGGCGCGGGCGGAGCCGGGCGUGCAUAGGACUGCGUCGUACAUGAUGGAUGACGAGCGGCUGAUCGAGUUGCGGUUGCAUGGGGAUGGCGAGUCGGCUACGGACAGCGUCCAGGUGUAUACUUUGUAAGUGUUUUGACAUGUUUCUCGAGCUGUGGAUGUACGAAUUUUUGUACGUAUGCAUGUUCCUCAUUUAUUCAGGUCAGAGCAGUUGUUAGAUUACUUUCAGGCGCAACUGUACAUCUUUCGCAACAAUCUGAGCGAUCCCAAACGC